UACUCAUACCGAUGACUCGACGAAUUCUUCUGCCAGGCUGUGACGCAUCGGAUGAGUCGAAACCGCCUUGACAUAUGCUGAAUAUCUCUGUUCAGCUCUCAACGGAUGAUCUCUUUCUCAAUUACCAAGACUCCCACCGCCCAUCGUCACCAUGCCCAUGAUACAGCAGCCCGCGAAUCAAAUCAAAUUGACCAAUGUGUCGCUUGUCCGGUACAAGAAAGGCAAGAAGCGGUUUGAGUUGGCAUGCUACAAGAACAAAUUGCUGGAAUACCGCUCAGGCCUCGAAAAGGAUCUUGACAAUGUCCUGCAAAUCCCCACCAUUUUCCUCAACGCCUCCAAGGGCGAAACCGCCCCGAAUUCCGAACUCGUCAAAGCCUGGCCAAUGCAGGCACAGUCCUCUGAGCCCUCACACGGUGGAAAAUCAAGCGGAAAAGGAGGCAAGAAGGCCAAGGGCAAGUCGGCAGAUGAAGGCGACGAUGAGAAGUCCUGGAAAGAUGCGAUCAUAGAAGAAAUUCUGAAGAAGGGCGAGAUACAAGUCAAUGCCAACGAGAGAAAAGAGUUGUUGGACAGAAUGGAGCGAGAAAUUGUUGAAGAAGUAGCCCAGAGAGUAGUCGAUCCUCAGACCAAGAGAGUGUAUACAACUGGCAUGAUCAAGAAGGGUCUGGACGUACUCUCCAAACAGGGCGGACACGUACCUCCACAAGACUCUCUCGGGCACAAACUUGGCAAGUUGAAUCUAGGAGAAGGCGGCAAGAACGGCGCAGGCCUACCAAAGGGCUCUAGCGAAACAAGUGGCCAGGCAACUCCGAUGACCGACGACGACAACGAAUCGACGGGCACGUCAAAGGGGAAGAGGAGCGACAUGCCCAUGUGGACUGGUGUAGUGACGACGAAAUCAGUCAAGCAGCAAGCCUUGGAAGCCAUUCGGGCGUUGAUAGCCUGGCAACCCAUCCCCGUCAUGCGAGCAAGAAUGAGGUUACGGAUAACUUGUCCAACCAGCGUCGCCAAACAGGCAGCGAAAUCCAAAGCGGCAUCUACAGAGGACAGCGCCGACGGCGAGCAAGGCAGAGGCACCAUCAAAGACAGGAUCCUUUCGUUUGUCGAACAAGUCGAAAGUCAAGACACUGUGGGGGAAGAUUGGGAGGUCACCGGCUUCGUUGAGCCAGGUGCUUACAAGGCGCUGAUGGACUUUUGUACUGCUGAGACAAAGGGCCGAGGAAGACUGGAAGUCCUCGACAUGGCUGUAACGCAUACUGACGACUGAACGAGUAUGCUCGCACGGGGACGGCCACAAACGAACUCAGUUGCCGAAGGAUGGGAAGAGCCUUCUGCCAGAAGAAGGCCCAGUUUUCUGCACUGGCGAAGGUAUACUCACUCAUCCACAGCAUCGGAUGUUGUAUGCUUGUCUCAGCGAUAUCCUUCUAUUGCUGAGACCCUCGUUUGACGAACGAGGAGGAUGCAGCCCCAGAUCAGGAUGACGCUGAUGCUUUCAGGCGGAUGGUAGCGAUACUACUUCGUCAUCCCGACGUUCCGCCACUGCCGUGUAUUCCGUUGCAAUAGUCAACAACAUGAAGCCACUCAUAACAUCUUCUCGUCUUGGGUCAGAUCCAGUCUACCACACGGAUGGAUAAGGGUGAUCAAAUCAUGAACAACUUGAGUGAUCACGUCCAGGAACACCUCCGAAUCGACACCAUCAUCAGAGCCCGAAGCCCGAAGAGCCGUACGACAGCGCGGACUCUCUACUGUUUCAGUACGGAGCAAAUGCAGCGACGAAAGACCUGCACCGGUUAUGACAAGGCGGUCGUGGGCGACAGUAUGACGGAGGAAUGGCCAAUUGCGACCUAUAAAGGGAUUGUUGAUGAGUUGUCAUCAAUAUUCUCAUGAAUUUGGAGAAGGUAUAGAUGUAUCUCUUCAUCUCACAUCAGAUAGAGAGAAAUACUUCUACCUCCAGCUGUACCCGCCCGACCCUUGCCUUUCGAUCACAGGGAUGAGGAGUCUAUAAUGCCAUGCCAAAUCAUCAUAGUCAGGAAGUCCCCUC